AUGCCACCCGCAUCUCCAUUGGCAAUUGCCACCUCCUCGGUGCAAAGACUUAUCAAAGAAGAAGCAUCCUAUCACCGCGAGCUCGAGCAACAGACCAAACGCCUCCAGAAGCUCGAAUCCGAGGGCCCAGGUGCCGAUGAUGAAGGAAAUCAUGCUUUUUUGGUGAAGCAGGAGCGCCAAGCUGUCGACGAGACCAAGGCAGUGUUUCCCAUGCUGAAAGAGAAGAUUUCGGAUGCUGUUGCCAAACUUGAGCACUUGAUUGUUGAAGAAGGAAACAAGGGAGAUAAUAGCAACGUUGAGCAACUAACUGCUGCUAAAGAAGCCAUUUCGAAAGCCAAAACUGCUAUCAGAGAGAUUGCUUAA